AUGCCAGUAAGCAACGAUAGAGUAACGCGGAAAAAAAUAGGAGAUUUUAGCAUAAAUGGAAUUAAAGGAGAAUCAAUAGAAACUAAUAUUGAAAAUCAACAAAAUAAUAAUUUCUUGAUUAUUGCUCCUGCUUUACCCAUUUUACCUGAAGCUCCUAUACCACCAAAGUUAUUUAAACGUCGUUAUAAUUCGUUCAGUCCAUCAGAUUCUCCAUUUAACAUAGAACAUGAUAAGGUUGAUGGUUCCAAUACAGUUACUUUACAAUGGACAAGCGAAGGAAAAACUAUUGUGGCAACAAGAACAGCUGCAGAAAAAGAAAAAAGUCCUGACAGAAUAUGUCUUGAUAGACGAGGACUUACUACAUUUCCAAAUAUAAUUGGAGAGCCACGUUUACGUUUAUUGUCUCUUCAACAUAAUCUACUUACAAAAAUCGAAAGUAGUAACUUCUCUCAGUUAAUAAAAUUAGUAUUUCUUGAUCUAUAUGAUAACCAGAUUGAAAAAAUAUGCAAUUUUGACACAUUAGAAAAUUUAAGAGUAUUAUUGAUUGGAAAAAAUAGAAUAAAAAGAAUUGAAGGAUUAAAAGAACUUCCUAAAUUGGAAGUUUUAGACCUACAUGGAAACCAAAUUGUACAAGUUUCAGAGUUAAAUAAUCUUGUAUCUUUGAAAGUGCUAAAUUUAGCUGGAAAUAAUAUUAAAACAAUAGGAUAUCUUGAUUUCCAAGGUUUGACAUCAUUAAAAGAGUUAAAUCUUAGACGUAAUAAAAUAAAAAAAUUAUUAGGUUUUGAUAAAACACCACUAUUACAAAAAUUGUAUUUAAGUAAUAACGAUAUUUAUAAAAUUGAAGAUAUUGGAAGUCUUGCUAAAGCAUUACAACUUAGAGAAAUAACAAUUGAUGGAAAUCCUAUAACAUUAAAUGGAGAUUAUGUUUCUUUCCUUGUAUCAUACUUACCAAAUUUACAACUUUUAUCAACUAUGCCAAUUACUGAACAAGUUCGAAGAACUGCUGUGGCUUGGAGAACGACAAAAGAACAAAAUAAUUCUGCCUUUUUAAAUCUUAGUGCACAAGUUUGUAUGAAUGCUCAACGGGAAGAAAUUAUAUCAAAUGCUAAAAUAAAUUGGGAACUUCUCAGAUGUCAUCCUAAAUUUUCUACAAAUGACAGCAAUAAUAAAGACAAUAUUCGGAAUAGUAACAUUAAUGCAUUGCAAAUACAAAAGUCAAAUAAAUUCAAUAUGUUAAAGCCUAAGAAUUUAGAGAAAGUAAAAUCAAAGGGCUUUGGAAGUUUGACAUCUAUAAAUGAAAACAUAGAAGCAACAAAAAUAAAUAUAAAGAAAAGAAGUAAUUCUAGUGAUAAUUUAUUUCGAUUAAAAGAUGCAACUAAAACAUAUCCAUUAGAAUUUAAACUUCCACCAAUCUUAGAUUCUAUUGUAGAUAGUCUAAUAAACAACAAAUUUGAUGAAAAAAUAAAAAAAAAUUUAGCAAAAAUAAAAAUUAAAAGCGACACUGAGGCUACAUCCAGUAGUGAUUCAGAGACUUUAGAGAGUCAUGAAAAGUUGCAAAAUUGUUUGAAUUCCCAUUUAUUCAAUUCUAACAACUAUAUUUCUCCAUGUGAUAUUAAUAAAAUUGUUACUAAUAAAACAUUUGGUUCUAUGAAUGUUUUUCCAACAUCUGAAUUUGCCGAUAAUAAGUGUUAUAAUGCAUUCAAGUCUUCUAAUUUAUCAAUAAAUGAUAAACAAGAUAUAACAACAAUAUCUCAAAGUAUAAAAUUUCAUGAUCAGCAUGGUCUAAGUGAUUGUCAAUCAAAAUCAAGCAUUGAUUCAUCUGGAUAUUGUUCUUUAAGUUCUAAAACUAAUAGUAUUGAUAGUUGCAAGUCAAUGUUAAGUGACUUCAGUACAUCAUCUACUACAAAAACUGUAUUGCAAAAAUAUAAAAAUUUAGAAAGAGAUAAGAACAAGAUGAAAAGUACUCAAGGUAAAAAAGUAGUAUGUUAUAAAAGUAAUAAAGCAGCAACUGUUAGAGCUAAAUAUAGAGCUGUAACACCACCAAGUUCAGCACCAUUACAAAAUCUAUCAAAAGAAAGAGAACAAGGAGGAGAUUAUUUAAUAGAAAUAGUUGGCCGUUGCUUAAAUAUUUAUGGUCAAGGCGCAUUACGUUUUAUUGAUCGUUUAUGGGAUUCUUCAAAAGCUCAAGACGUUAACAUAGUUAAAUUUAAUUAUCUACAAUUUAAUGAUGUAGCCAAAGUUUUAAGUAAAAUAAAAAAUAGGUUUCCAAACAUAGAGCAUUUUAUGUUUAAAGAAACUAAUAUUAGUUAUCUUGGACAACUCAAUGCUUUAGCUGAAGUGCAGGGAUUAACAAGUAUUCAUAUAGAGACUGGAAAUCCAAUUAUAUCAAAGGAUUGGAAAGUUUAUGCUAUAUUUCGUUUAGCUCAUUGGGGUUUAAAAGUUAUCAAUGGGAAAGAAAUUACACAUGAAGAAAUUGAUUUAGCAAAUAAAGAAUAUGCUGGUCUUGUUGAUAUUGUGAUGUGUUCACUGCCAGAAUCUUUAUUACAACCUUUAUUAGAAAGACUUCAUUUAGAAAAAGUACAAAGACAAACUGGGGAAAUUACUGCCAAACAAUUUUUACUUAACAGUGAUCCAGCACUUAGGAGUGUUGUUGCUAAGGAAGCAUUACAAUGGAGAAAAACGAGUAUAACACAGGAAGAUCUUAUUUGGAGACAUAGAGGCAAAAUACAUUUACUAAAUUUGAUAAAUCUGACUAUAGAUGCAAUACAAAAGUUACAGUUACUUGAAAACAAAUGGCCAAGUAUUUUAUAUGAAAUAAUUCACACUACUUUAUUUGAUUUUUCUGAAAUGGAUGCAUAUAUGAAACGUUGUAGUAAAACACUAGAAAAUAAAUAA